AUAUUUUAUCUAGUACAUGACUAACUCUGGCCAAAUGUUGACCGAAAUGUAUAUAUCAGUGAUAUUCCUCGUUUUAACCUUAAUUAAUAUAGACGCUGCAAUAAUAACCAGACAUGAUGAAAGUGAAUGUAAUAUAGAUCCUCAAAUUGUAAGCGAUAUAGCAUCAUAUAAAAAUGUGACGCAGACAAUUAUGGAUGAGAUUAAGAAUAAAGGAUUGGGACAGAGAAUGUUUGAACAAUUUGUGGCGUUUUUGGACAAAUUUGGUGCUCGUCCAUCCGGGACAGAGAGAUUGGAGAAAGCUAUUGAUCACAUGAUUAAUCUAACAAGAACACAUGGGGUAACUGAUGUUACUACUGAAGAAGUAGACGCACCACACUGGGUUCGUGGACAUGAAUCGGUGUCAAUGAUCUCACCCCGUGAAAAGAAUAUCGCAGUAAUUGGUCUCGGAAGCAGCGUGAGUACUCCAAAGGAAGGAAUAACAGCAGAAGCUAUCGUUGUCCAGAGCUUUCAAGAACUAGACCAGAAAGCUAAUGAAGAUAUUAAGGGGAAAAUAGUUGUUUACGAUGUACCUUACAUUAGUUACGGAGAAACUGUGCAAUAUAGAUCACAAGGAGCUUCUAAAGCAGCUAAAAAAGGAGGUAUAGCGUCACUGGUUAGAUCAAUUACUCCUUUUUCUAUAUAUUCCCCACAUACUGGCGCUCAGUAUUAUGACGCUAAAGUAUCAAAAAUUCCAGCAGCGGCAAUCACUCAUGAAGAUGCAGAUUUGUUAAAUAGACUUCAGAAUCAAGGUGAAAAGAUUAUUCUGAAAAUUAAAAUGUUCAGCACAUUUGAUAUGAAAAAGUCACGGAAUACCAUUAUAGACGUAAAAGGUAACGAUGAUCCUGAUAAAGUAGUGAUUGUCUCUGGACACAUUGAUAGCUGGGAUGUAGGACAAGGAGCUAUGGAUGACGGAGGUGGAAUGAUCAUCAGUUGGCUAGCUCCAAUAGCUUUGCAUCACUUAAAUUUAAGACCAAGAAGGACUUUGCGUGCUAUUUUAUGGACAGCUGAAGAACCUGGGCUAAUUGGUGCUCAAGCAUACUUAAACAAACAUAUAAACGAGCUUAAUAAUAUUGAUUUUGUAAUGGAAUCAGAUGAAGGUACAUUUAAGCCUCGUGGUCUAACGGUAGCUGGAUCUAAAGAGGCUCAGUGUCUAAUAGUAGAAGUACUUAAACUGUUUUCUCCGAUAGACAAUUUAAAGGAAAGCGACUACCCCGGUUCGGAUAUAAAUUUGAUUAUCAAUAAAGGGGUGCCAGGGGCUUCUUUAAUGAAUGACAAUGAGAGGUAUUUCUGGUUCCAUCAUAGUGAAGGGGAUACAUUGAAUGUCUUGAAUGAGACAGAUGUCAUUGAGUGUGCCGCGUUUUGGACGGCAGCUUCAUACGUUAUUGCAGAUAUGAAAGAAGAUAUUCCUCGUAAAAGUAAAGCUGUUUAA